GUGAUGUCAGUUGAGCAGCGACAGGCUACGGCACAGUGUUAAAAUUACUGAUGGCGCAGGAGGCGGACGAAAUAGAUAUAAUGAUUAAUUAUCACGGGGGUUUCGAAAAAAUAGACCGGAAAAACAGCCGUUAUCCUUAUUGCGUCGUUUGGACACCUAUUCCAAUACUGUCGUGGUUGCUCCCCUUCAUUGGUCACAUGGGGAUCUGUACUUCUGCAGGUGUGAUAAGAGACUUCGCUGGAUCGUACUUAGUGUCUGAAGAUAAUAUGGCCUUUGGAAGACCAACAAAGUACUGGAAGCUUGAUGUUGAUAAGGUGUGUGGCACUGGCUCUGCUGCCUGGGACAAGGCAGUGCACGACGCAUCGGAGGAGUACAAAUGCAGGCCGCACAACCUCUGCUGUGAUAACUGCCACUCCCACGUGGCCCUGGCCCUUAACCUCAUGCGCUACGACAACAGAACGUCCUGGAACAUGGUCAACCUAUGCCUGCGGUCCCUUAUCCACGGCAAGCAUGUCAGCUGUGUGUCUUUCCUCAAGACCUGGCUGCCCUUCCUUAUGUUGACUGGAGCCCUCGUCACCUUCAUCCUAACGCUCAACCUGCCCUGACCACACAAGGGACACGAAGAGGGAAACGGAGGGGAGAGAUAAUUCUAGGGAUUUUCCUGCUCCGUUGUAAUCAUAAAAAGUGAAAGAAGAAGAAUAAACAUUUUGAUGGGACA